AUGUUAAUUUAUAAAAGCAAGUUAAAGAAUUGGUCCAGCGUAAGUUAGAUUUAAAAUCUGUUGUGCCCUUAAAAUAAAAUAUUAUAGAAAAGUAUAAAAAUACUGGCCAAUAAUUUAAAUUAUCUAAUUACUGGAUUAAAAAGAAAAACAUUACUGAAAUUAACAGAAGAGAGAGCGAAAAACAACUUGAGAAACUCUAAUUACAAAUUUAUCAGUUUGUCUUUCAGCCAAUUAAUUAAACAAAUUUUUCUCACAUCAAAGCAUUAUGCAUAUUCUAGAUCAAAAACAGCUUUUAAGUUAAGAAUAGAUACAAUUUAUUUGUAAGUAUCAUUAGCAUGCUAAUUUAUACCUUGUAUUUAGCCAAUAAAAAAAUAAUUUUUGGGAUUUGAUUCUCCCUUAAAGUAUAUGAACAAACCUUUAAAACAAAGAACUAAGAUUAGAAUUAAUAAGAGAAGGUAAAAGUGGGAUAAGACAUUCAAAUAAAAUGAAAAAUACUAAAAUAGAUAGAUAGAGACGAAUUUGCAAAUAAUAGGGCUAUUAAUAUUUUAAUUAGUAUAAUAUAAUUUAGGAUUUGUUUAUACAAAUAUUAAAAGUAUAAGGAAUGAGGAUGAGUUAGUAGAGAGAAAUUUUUUAUUUGUUUUUUUUGUUUAUUUGGUUGAUUGA